GACCUUGUUCCAUUCGAUUCGAUAAAUACGGUUAGUGAUUUUCAAUAUAUUAAUUCUUGUUAUGAUAAAAUUAAAAUCGGUGAGGUUAUUGUAAAUUAUCGUUUAUGAAUUAGUGAUAAUAUGUUGGAACCUUUUUUAAGCCAAUUAAACGAAAUGAGAAUCAUUUUAGCUAGCAGUUCCAAACAACGUGCUUCGUUAUUAAGUAGUACGAAAUUGAAAUACGAAAUAAUACCAUCGAAUUACGAGGAAAAUUUAGAUCCGAAAGAAUAUACUUUUUCGGAAUUCGUAGAAAAAACAGCGAUAGGAAAAUUAUCAGACGUAUUAGAAAGAAUAAAAAAUGAUAAGAUUAAACCGGAUGUUAUUAUAGGUGUUGAUACGAUGGUUGCCUAUAACGGAAGAAUGUACGGGAAACCAAAAUCUAGAGAAGAUGCUAUUAAAACUAUAACUGAUUUAACGCAAUCUGGCAUACCAAAUUCGGUGUAUACAGGCGUAGCGAUAUGGUACAAAAAUAAAAUUCAUAAAUUCACAGAGGUCACUACUGUUUAUAUGCAUAAGUUAGAUCAUCAGGAAAUUUUAUCUUACGUGGAUACUGGAGAACCAAUGGGAAAAGCUGGUGGUUAUGGGAUCCAAGGAAUCGCAAGCACUUUUGUAUCUAGAAUAGAAGGUGACUGUAACAACGUCAUCGGGCUACCUCUUUGUAGAUUAACAAUUGAAUUGAAAAAUAUUUUGAAAAAUAAAUAAUUUCCGAUCGA